GCAAUGCCAAAUUUCUAGCGCCCAUUUUUUGCGAGGUUAAAACAAAUUUCGCAAGCCGGCUGCAGUUGCCAAGUACAGUGUCAGCUUUUUAUUUAUUUAAUCGGGAGUAGAGUACAAAGUAGGCAUGGCCAUAUCCAACUUCAACUUCGCCAGCAUGGCAGCCCAACUGGGACAGGAGCAGGGAAUUUCUUUCCAGGACAAGGCGCUCACCUGGGACACAGCCGCCGAUGUCCAGGAUGUGGUCGAUGCCCUCAACAAACAGACCACGGUGCACUACCUCAAUCUGGACGGGAACACCCUGGGCGUGGAGGCGGCCAAGGCGAUUGGCGAGGGGCUGAAGCGUCACCCGGAGUUUCGGAAGGCGCUGUGGAAGAACCUCUUCACGCGCCGCCUCAAAUCGGAGAUUCCGGAGGCCCUAAAGCACCUGGGAGCAGCUCUGAAUGUGGCAGGCGCCAAGCUGACGGUCCUGGAUCUCAGCGACAAUGCCCUGGGACCGAAUGGCAUGCGGGGACUGGAGGAGUUCCUGCGCUCACCCGUCUGCUACUCGCUGCAGGAACUGCUACUGUACAACUGUGGCCUGGGCCCCGAGGGCGGCAGCAUGCUGUCCAAGGCUCUGAUUGAUCUCCAUGCCAAUGCCAAAAAGGCGGGAACUCCGCUCCAGCUGCGUAUCUUUGUGGGCGCACGUAAUCGCCUCGAGAACGCUGGGGCCAUCUCGCUGGCCGCCGCGUUUAAAACCCUGAAGACCUUCGAGGAGAUUGUUCUGCAGCAGAACUCCAUUUACUUCGAUGGGGUGGAGGCCCUGGCCGAAGCCUUUAAGGAGAACCCGCACCUGCGGGUGCUGAACAUGAACGACAACACCCUGAGAUCCACGGGAGCGGAAAAGAUAGCCGAGGUUCUGCCCUUCCUGCCAAUGCUGCGGGAAUUGAACUUUGGCGACUGCCUGAUCCGCACCAAUGGCGCCUACCACUUCGGCGAAGCUCUAGAGAACUCCAACGAGCAACUGGAGAUUGUCGACCUGGGCUUCAACGAAAUCAACAGCGAUGGUGGCUUGGUCCUGGUGAACGCCAUGCGCAACAAGCCCAAGCUGCGAUUCCUCAACCUCGAUGGCAAUUGUUUUGGUGAGGAAGGCGCCGAACAGAUAGUCAGCGAAAUGAAUCAGCUGCCGACUGCGGCCGCCCUGCAACCGUUCGAGGAAAACAACUCCGAAGAGGAGGAAUCGGGCGACGAGGAGGAGGAGGCUGAGUACGAUGAGGAUGAGGACUACGAUGAGCACGAGCAUGCCAACGAUACCACCGAAGAGGCGGACGAGGACGACGAGGAGUACAACGCUCAGGCUGAGGAGACGGCCUAUGUCACCACCAAUGCCUACACGACCAAGCUGUUUAACGACACAGCGAACGCGAAUACAAGCGAUACUUUUGCGGUCAGCGGCAAGACGGUCAUUCAGAAAUGCACGCCCGAGGAGUUCUGCCUGAGCCAGACGCCCUGCUCCCAGGAACAGUUCGACUCCUUAGAUCAGGACAACAAGUUCGAGGCCCUGCAGUCCAUAGUCAACCAAUUCACUGGCGACAACCAUCUGCUGCUGCUUGUCUUCACCACUUUGAAGUGUGCACACUUGUCGCAAUCUUCCAAGGCUGCCUUGGACCUGGCCGUCUCCCUGUACCAGGCCACCUUUGACUACGCCAUCAAGACGAAGCAGGAGACCCGUGUGCUCAACUAUGUCCUGAUGCAGCUGCGGCUGCUGCGCUGCGAGGAGCCCUUCAAGUCGGACUACGAUGUCAAGGGAUGUCGCUUCGCACUGCGCGAGGCCCUGAAGCAACCCAAGUUCGCCAACGACAACAUCAAGAAUUCCUUCAAGACUUUCCUGGACAAGGUCGACGCAUAGGCCUUGUAGAAGCUUAAGAAACUAUUUAUAUGUUCUACGUUCCAAUACAGUGCAUCUUUGGUGAAUAAACAUUUAUUAUUCA